AUGUGCAAUAGUAAGACCUAUUUUUUGUUCUCGAUACUAACUAUCUUACGGAAAUCUCGAUCAAGUGUGACUACUACUAUUCCAAAUGAAACGCAGUCGGAUGGAUCGUUUCAGUAUGAAACGGACAACGAUGACAAAAAGUUUGAAGGUUAUAUUGUAGGAGGACAGAACGCUAGAAUAAAAGAUUUUCCCCAUUCGGCAUUUUUGGCGAUAAAAUGCCAGAAGGUAGACUACGUUCAUUUCACUUGCGGGGCGUCGAUCUUAAACCAAGUGAUAUUGUUGACUGCAGCACAUUGUUUCGAGGAUUGCGAAGCUGGCACCAAAGUGUUAGCAUCAGUGGGCGACCGAAGAAAAUCAAAAGGAACCAUUUACAUAAUUGGACAGUUUGCCACACAUGAAGAAUACAGUGCACGUAUAAUGAAAAACGACAUUGCCUUGGCUGUUCUGACGGAACCUUUGGUGUUCAGUAGUACAGUGAAGAGGGUCUUGUUGUCACGCUUUGAAAUCUACAACAAACCUGCUCAGGUGGCUGGAUGGGGUGUCACAAAUGAUACAUCACAUACACAAACGCUAUACUUAAAGUGGACACGCCAAGUAGUGCUGUCGCCAAGAAAAUGUCUGAUUUUAGUGCCGAAAUUGAGCAAUGGUUACAUUUGCGCUUCGGGGGAUGUGAAACAUGAUAAGGAUUACGGUUACGCUGCAGUAGGCGACUCAGGCAGCGCUUUAGUCGUCAAAGGUUUUAUCCAGAUUGGCAUAGUGUCCUAUAAGAUAUCAAGGCUCUCCAAUAGUCUCGUCCUCUACACCGAUGUGACAAAAUACAUUCGCUGGAUCACAAGCGCAUCUAAACAACUUUACUGCCGUCAGUUUAAAUUUACUUAA